CUAGUUUUUCAAUGUCGAUUUUCAGCAGCAUGAUUUCCUCUGAAAGACCGCCAUUCUCACUAACCGACCGCCGAUACGAUCAGACCACAUACUGGGGCCGUUUCCGGAGUAUGCUCGAUCAGUGUGAUCCUACUACCCUACUACACAGCACUAGAGAAAUAUACGAGGCUCGUAACGCCUUGCAUGAUUUCCAGAAUGGAAAUAGUAAACUCACUGACGAACAACUUUGGAAGGCUCGAAAACUGAAGGAAUCGGCGAUUCACCCUGAUACUGGUGAGCUGAUCCCGGCACCAUUUCGCAUGAGCGGCUACGUCCCCUUCAAUGGGCCUGUUUGUGUUGGAGCUGUUAUGGCAAAGUCUACACCAGCGAUUGUAUUUUGGCACUGGGUGAACCAGUCUCAGAAUGCCUUUGUCAACUACUUCAAUAGAAACGCAUCAUCACCGGUUGAUGAUAAAACGCUAACAUGGAGCUAUCUCGGCGCGGUUGGUAGCGCCAUCGCUAUUGCAUAUGGACUGUCGAGUGUUGUUAAGAAGCGACUGUCACCAGCGAGAGCAACAGUGGUUUUACGGUGGGUUGGUUUGCCAGCCUCGAUGGUGGCGUCAUCAGCAAACUGUUUUAUCAUGCGUCAUUCGGAGCUUGACAGUGGAAUUACGGUAUAUAAGAAAGGCACCAACGAGGAAGUUGGCACUAGUAAAAAUGCUGCUAAAAAAGCACUAAAAGAGGUUGUGGCGUCGAGAAUGCUACUGCAAUUACCCGUGUUUGGCGUGCCCCCGGCGUUUAUGACCUUACCGCCGAUACAACGGUUUUGCGGGGCCUAUCCGAGCAUGGCAUUGCCUUUGUCUACUAUGGUGCUACUGCUAUCAUUCGGGUUCGGGUUGCCCGCGAGUAUAGCAGCGUUUCCACAGACUGGCAUCAUCUCGGAAGACUCACUCGAGCCCAGUUUGCAGGGCCAUGGUGAUCUUCAAUAUAAUAAAGGCCUCUGA